ACCACUUCUGGGCUUACAACUUACACUAUCUAUGAAAUAAGUAGAAAUUUGAGUUGCAGCUUCUUUUCAUCGUGACGUGAAAGUGGUUCUUUCUCUUUCAGUGAGACGCGUGAAAUCCCUGGUCCACUAGAAGCUGCAACUGCAAGUGAAAGAUAUCGAGGAUGAGCGCGUUUCCCCCAGAAGAUGAUGGUGGUGAUGACGACGGUGGUGGCCCACAACACCCCCCGUCGGCACUGGUGAACAUGAACCGCACCACCGAGGAAACGAGGCCGAGCAAAGGAUCACGACAGCGCCCCAAUUCUAUAUCCGGAACGGUCUCCGCCAGGUUUCUGGACAGGUCGACACUGAUCUCGAGCAUCACGGGCAGGAGCUCGCAAAGGACAGGCAGAACCUCCAGUAGUGCCAGCGUUUCCAGCACAGCUCGGAGGUCCGUGAUUGCAGCCCUGGUGGCGGAGGAAGACAGUGAAGAGGAUGGCAGUAACUUCAGCGGAGGUGGUGCUGGGGGAGGAAAUACGGCGGUCUCCGCGUCCCAGUCCCUGGAACAAGCGGUGAACAAAAUCAGUUGCCGUAUCUCCCUUCUGCGGUCGACUUUUAUGACUCAACGGCAGGACCUGGAGGAAAUGGAAAACGAGCCACCUCCACCAAAUAAUGGUACCGCUGGCCGCCGCACAAGCCGGGCCGAGUCCAUUGCUUCCACCACAGCCUCGGUUUUACGCAGAGCGGACGGCAAGCCGGCGUGUUCCCUCACCUGCCUGUCGGUGUUUAUCAUUCUGGGCAACUUCUUCUCCACCUGGGCCUACUUCGGCCUUUUCUGGGACGUUGGAUUGGGAAGCUUUCCCCUUUGCCCCAUAUCGAGGAGCGCGAUCCUGCACAACCGUGCCAUCGAAGAAAAGAAAAACAACGCGGCGGUGCUUUUAGAAACUGUUGGAACUGGGAGUGCAACUGAACGAACAGAAUCAGGAACUGCGGUCGUGGCACCACACGCACCAGUACUAGCAGCUGAAAACGAUGGUGGUACAACACAAUCAACUUCCACAUCGACUUCUGUCCCUGCCACCGCAGAAACGCCUGAUCUGCAAAUACCAGACUGGCAAGCCAGCAUAUUUCUGAAGGAGCUUCCCUUCUAUGUAGCGGCGAUGACGUGGAUCGGGCUGUACCAUGCUGUGUUCUGGAACGAGGGCUUGGGCAGCACGGGCAUGCGGAGCUUCGUCUGGGUGUUAGUCCUCCUGUGGACCAUGAUUACGUGGCACUACUUGAAACAGGAGGACGCUCGCGAGGACGCGAAGAUGAUUAACGGCGCGUGCCACGGUGCGUGGCUUCUCCUCGUCACCGCCACCUUCUAUCCAGCGCCCCGCACCUGGGAACGUCUCCGCACCUACGUGCUCGGCUCGUUUUCUUUUGUCGUGUACGGCAGUGCGCAGUACCUGUUCAUCUUCGGUCCCCAGGGAGUGCUCACGAUCUUGAUCAGCAUCGAUCGCAGAAAAGAAGAAGAGCCGAUGAAAGCACUGUUGAUGCAAUCUGUCCUGUUGAUCUUCACAUUCCAGCUCUGGCUGCCCAUCUCUGAGAACUUUCUGGCUCGGUGCAUGCUCCCCCUGGUGCACAGUAAUCUAAAGGAGGACCCGGCCUACGACCCGCGUACAGUGGGUGGCGAAAGGGCACACCGGGCCUACAUGUUUCGCGUCAAGUGGUGGUCGUACUCCUACUGGGACAUGUGGAAAGCCGGCAUCACACGUAUGCUCUUACUCCGCACUAUCCAUGUGAAUUCUGGAUGACGUCGACGAGAAGUUGCGUCUUAUUCGUCUGUUUGGAUCAUUUUUGAUUUCGAUAAAUUGCACACGACAAGAUCCUCGCUAAGGGUAUAUCAUGCACGUACAACUCGAACAGGACGGGACCUUGUAACAAGUAAAGACAAACAUGAACACAAUCAUUAGUCUUUCGCGUCAAGAUUUCGCAUCGAUAAGCAGUUUGCCCUCGGUUUUUGUCUUCACACUGGUCAAAGACUUGGUUUCCCAUGUUAUCCACUACGCACUGCGCACCUCCGACCCCGCCGUGGUUUUCUUCGUGAAGUGCCUGAAGUCACGGGAGCUAGCAAAGCAGUACCCCUGGCUCACAUACGCCAUGCGGUGGUGGAACGAAUCGCCUUGCUUCGACCGCUACCUGGCCUGCUGGACGUGGUUUUACGACUCGAGGGAGUUGGAUUUCGGAAGUGGAACUUCGCAUGCACAACUGGUAAGGAAACAAGGACACGGGGUGGAUCACGUCGGAUCUUCGUCUUCGAUGGCGCAACUACGUGACCAGCACGGGGAGGACGGCUAUCCACGCCGGACAACUGCAGAGCGGAUGCAGAGCAAAAGAAAUAAAUAUCAGUACCCGCUGUCGCACCUGAAGCCUACUAUUAAAACGGAGCAACCUCAACUUGUCAACAGCGAAGAAAAUAAUGAAGUGUUGUCUUUCUCCUUCGAGAACGUGACCAUCAAGUUUUUCAACUUUCCCGGCAAUCUCGACGAAGCACUGCGGGUUCGCCGGUCGAGCUUCCGUGCCUUCGCCAGCGGGGUAACGAAUAUGCCGGGGUCGAGUAGGACGAAGUCCUCCACUGCUUCCUCGAAGAAAAUACCACCUCCACCCGUCACCUUGCUGCAGACCGCCGCUUCAGCUGGCCCGGAGGACCAAGUUGGCGUCACGAGCGCAAAAGAGAAGCCGAGUAAUUGUUCUAACGGCGUCGGGGUCUUCAACUACGACGAGCAGGCUGAAAAAGCAGACCACCGACCAGCAAGUGACGCAACGCCGAGCCUGGUCAGCCGCAUGCUCACGUCUGCACUGAGUUUUGUCGGAGCUAAUGCGGCCAGUUCAUCGACAACACCGGCAAGGACUUCGAGUACGCAGGGCGGGCAGUGGCUGCUGCGGUACCUGGAAAUGGUGCGGAAAGUCUACGUUGACAGCGAGGACCAGCUCGAGGGGCUGUGCAAGGUGAUCCGUUAUGAAACGUUCUUCCGCUGGCAAGCGAAGUGGAUUGUCGCGGCAGUGAUGUCUAUGUUCUUGCUGUUUUUGCCGUUACUAAUGCAGCAGAGCUGGAUCGUCGAGUCCCCGGGGUACAAAAACAACAUCAAGCCCGAUUACUUCUUUCGCGCCACGUUGUUCCUCGUUUUUGACGUGCUCGAGUAUUUCGCCGUCACUUCGUAUGCGCAGUAGAGCCUUUCGCUUUUUUCAAUUCUCGCGGAUCACUAUCGAUGUGCAUGAAGAAGAAAUGGUCUUGA